CAAUGAUGGUGGGGAGAGUAGUGUUUCAAAUGUUGGUUCUGAUUGCAGUAGUUGUGGAUGCUAGGCCUCAAAGGAUUCUGGUAGAUACUGAUGUCAAUCUGGAUGAUAUCUUAGCUCUCUUUUAUCUGUUGAAGCAAAAUAAAUCAGAAUUCAACUUGCAGGCAAUUACUGUGAAUUCAAAUGAAUGGAGUGAUGGUGGACAUGGCAUUAAUCAUGUAUAUGACAUUCUCUUCAUGAUGGGUGGUGAUGACAUCCCUGUUGGAGUUGGAGGUGAAGGUGGAAUAUUGCUGGAUGGCACCAUUGUUGGUGAUGUUGGUGGAUAUCUUCCUAUUAUUGACCAGGACACUUCAACAGUUGGUGGUUGUAGAUACAGACAAGCAAUUCCAGUGGGCUCCAGAGGCCGUUUGGAUAUCAGUACUCUCUAUGGCUUACGAAAAGGUUUUCUUCCUCAGGGCAGCAGGAAAUAUGAUCCUCUUCGGCAACCCACCGUGCAACAAGUGAUGACUGAUGCCAUAUCUGCAGGUCCUAUUGUUGUUUUUCUAAUGGGAGCCCACACAAAUUUGGCCAUUUUUCUUAUGAAGCAUCCUCAUUUGAAGAAAAAUAUCGAGCAUAUCUAUGUCAUGGGUGGUUCUAUUAGGCCAAACUGUCCCAAGAAGGUCAAGCACUCUUCCGGAUCAGGGCAGUGUGGCAAUGUUGGUAAUUUGUUUCCAGACCACUCCAAUCCAUAUGCCGAGUUCAAUAUCUUUGGAGACCCUUAUGCUGCAUACGUGGUUUUACAUUCUGGCAUUCCGGUCACACUCAUUCCACUUGAUGCAACAAAUACAAUUCCGGUGAGUGAGAAUUUCUACAAGGCAUUUGAAGCGAAUCAGAUUACAUAUGAGGCGAAAUAUAGUUUCCAAUCCUUAAAAAUGGUUCACGACACCUGGUUCAGUGACAACUUUCAUGAGAAUUUCUUCAUGUGGGACUGUUUUAUGGCUGGUGUAGCAAUAUCAAUUAUGCGCAAUUCACACCAUCAACAUGGAGAAAACGAAUUUUCCCAUAUGGAAUAUAUGAAUAUUACAGUAGUUACUUCGAAUAAACCUUAUGGAAUAUCAGAUGGUUCAAAUCCUUUCUUCAAUGACCGGGCAAUCCCAAAGUUUAAUUUGCAAAAAAACGGAGAUCAAAGUGGCCAUGUGCAGAUGGGAAUGCGAGAUCCUUUCUGCCUUGUGCUCAAUGGGAAAGGGAGGUGUCAGGAUGGUUACACAAAGGAGGUAACUGGUCCAGAAGCAGUGCGCGUUCUUGUUGCAACAGAAGCCAAACAUACUGAUGAUGUUAACAGUAUGCUUGACAAAAAAUUUUACAAAAACUUCUUGGAUGUUAUAAACCGUCCCGAGCAAAGUGGGAGGUUUAAUGUUGCAACACAAUUUCCCUAUUACAAGAGCAUUACUCGCAAGCCGGAUUAUGGAACAAGAAAAACUGGAAAACCAAUUCUCUUUGACAUGGAUAUGAGUGCUGGAGACUUUCUAGCUCUUCUCUACCUCCUGAAACUACCAACGGAACUUGUAGACCUAAAGGGAAUAUUGGUAACUUCAACUGGUUGGGCAAAUGGUGCAACAAUAGAUGUCAUAUAUGAUGUACUUCAUAUGAUGAAUCGCGAUGACAUUCCAGUCGGUCUGGGAGACGUAUUCGCAACUGGCCAAACAGAUCCAUCUUUCCCUUCUAUUGGAGACUGCAAGUAUAGCAAGGCUAUCCCAUAUGGUUCUGGUGGCUUCUUAGACUCCGAUACACUCUAUGGUCUUGCUCGUUACUUGCCUCGUAGUCCUCGAAGGUACACAGCAGAGAACUCUGUAAAAUUUGGAGCUCCUCGAGAUACUGACCACCCUGAACUUAGACAACCAUUAGCAUUAGAUGUAUGGAAGUCCAUCAUAAAAUCGCUUGAUCCGGGAUCUAGAAUCACUGUGCUGACCAAUGGACCGUUGACCAAUUUAGCCCAAAUCAUCAGUUCAGAGAAUAUUAACUCCACAAUUCAGGAAGUGUAUAUAGUUGGGGGACACAUUAGCCAUGAAGCCCAUGACAAGAAGGAAAAAGGAAAUCUCUUCACUGUUCCUGCAAAUGACUAUGCAGAAUUCAACAUGUUCCUUGAUCCUUUAGCUGCAAAGGCAGUUUUCGACUCAGAAGUGAACAUCACACUCAUUCCUCUCGGUAUUCAGAGGACAGUUAGUUCUUUCAGAGAAGUUCUUGAAAAACUGCAGCUCACUAAUAGGACUCCAGAAGCUGUGUUUGCUCGGCAUCUCCUUUCAACGCUGUGGCAGUUGCAACAGAAGCAUCACAGAUAUCAUCACAUGGAUACUUUCUUGGGAGAAAUCCUUGGUGCAGUGAUGUUGGGUGGCAACCAUCAUCUAAACCAGACCUUUCAAUUUAAGCAGCUCGAGGUCUCGGCAACUGGUGACAUUUCAAGAGAUGGACAGAUAAUUAUAGAUGGAAAACAAGGAAAAUCUGUCAGAAUAUUAGAUAGUGUUGAUCAUGAGGCAUAUUAUGCUCAUUUUGCCAGUGUUUUAGGUGAUAAGAGGAAUGCUGCUGUUAUAGGGAGCUUUGAUGACCAGAAAAGACUGUGGAAUACACCACCAAAACAUGACUGAAAUGAGAACAGUUCAUAUUUUGCUGAGAAGUGGGAUAUAUAUAUAUGUUGACAUGUGAUAGUCUGUAUUUUAGAUGCUGACAUUUUGAGAAGGAAAAAGGAAUACAACUACAGAUUUUUCACCCUUUUCUAGUUCUGCUUUGUUUUGUUUCAUCCAUCUUGUUCUUUACACACGCACACAU